AAACUUCUCUCUCUUAACGACACUUUCUCUGCUCAUCUCAAAAUCUAGUUUCUGAAAUAUUGAUCACUUUUCUCUUAUGGCUCAUGAAACAGAUGACAUCUCCUAUGAAGAGGGUCAUGUCAAUAACUCUAGAGGAUUGCAGCUUUUCACAUGUCAAUGGUUGCCUAAAAAUCAGGACCCAAAAGCCUUGAUUUUCAUCUUCCAUGGCUACGCCAUGGAAUGUAGUGUCACAAUGAAAAGCACGGCGGUCCGGCUUGUGAAAGCAGGAUUCGCAAUCUACGGGAUUGAUUACGAAGGCCAUGGAAAAUCAGGUGGCUUGCAGGGCCUUGUCAACAACUUUGACAACGUCGUCGAUGACUGCUCCGACCAUUUCACGACCAUAUGCGAGAAGAAAGAAAACAAAGGAAAAUUGAGAUUUUUGUUGGGGGAGUCCCUGGGAGGAGCAAUAGCUCUGCUUGUUCACAAGAAGAAGCCACACUUUUGGGACGGUGCCGUUUUGGUCGCGCCUAUGUGUAAGAUUGCGGAUGAUGUGAAGCCACAUCCUGUGGUGAUCAGUAUUUUGACAAAGCUUAGCAAGAUCAUUCCAACCUGGAAAAUCAUCCCCACAAACGACAUCAUUGAUCUUGCGUUUAAGGUUCCUGAGGUUAGACAAGCGGUUAGAACCAACCCAUACUGUUACAAGGGCCGGCCUCGCUUGAAAACCGGCUAUGAACUUUUGAGAGUUAGUACGGCUCUUGAGAAGGAGCUUGAAGAGAUCUCAUUGCCGUUCAUCGUUUUGCAUGGAGGUGAAGACAGAGUUACCGACAAAUCGGUUAGCAGGCAGCUAUACGAAGUCGCUUUGAGUCCGGACAAGACCUUCAAGUUGUAUCCGGGAAUGUGGCACGGUCUUCUCUACGGAGAGCCACCGGAGAACAUUGACAUUGUGUUUUCGGACAUUAUUGGUUGGUUAAAUGAGAUAGUUGCCUCAGGAAACGCAAGGUUGGAGAAUGAAAUUAAAGCUGAGAAUGACCCUUUCGCCCAAAAAACCCAAUAGAAAACAAACUUAGUAGGAGAGAAAAAAAUAAUAAUUAAAAACAGCUAUAUGUUCUUGUGUUGUGUACUUUUGUAUAUUAUGGUCCUGCACAACAGCCUGAAACGGCUUUCUAAUGUACCGAACGUUAAGAGAGUGUCAUCUCUGGAAAUUAAUUUGAUAGAAAUUUAUUUUUUUUCUUUUU